UCCUCCUCCUCGCGCGAUCGGGCGCUCCGCGGCCAUGGCGAGGCGCCUCUCGUGGCAGGACUUGCAGGCGUCGGGCUCGGCCAUCGCGACCCGCCUCUCGCUGCAGGACUUGCAGUGCUUGGUGCGGAGGAAGCCAGCGUGCUCCGCCGACCGCGCCGAAACGUCGGCGGCGGCGGCGGCGGGGGGCGAUGGGAGCAAAGGCCGGCACCUCGCCAAGGCGCUGUCCGUUCCCGACCUCAUCGCCAUCGGUGUUGGCUCGACAAUUGGUGCUGGCAUCUAUGUCCUGGUAGGAACUGUGGCUCGUGAGCAUGCAGGGCCAGCCUUGACCCUUUCCUUUCUGAUAGCUGGCAUAGCAGCUGCUCUUUCAGCGUUAUGCUAUGCAGAACUCUCUUGCCGUUUUCCGUCAGCCGGAAGUGCCUAUCAUUACUCCUACAUUUGCAUUGGAGAAAGCGUCGCUUGGUUGAUUGGUUGGGCUUUGAUUCUGGAGUACACAAUCGGUGGAUCAUCAGUGGCACGUGGCAUAUCACCAAACUUGGCUCUAUUUUUUGGUGGCCAUGAGAAGCUUCCCUUUUUUCUAACACAAAUACAUGUUAAAUGGCUUAACACCCCGCUUGAUCCUUGUGCUGCCAUUCUUGUAUUGAUAGUUACUGCAUUACUUUGCCUGGGAAUUAAGGAGAGCUCAUUUGUGGAAGGCAUCAUCACCAUUGCAAAUGUUAUAGUUAUGAUGUUUGUCAUUUGUGCUGGUGGAUACUUAGCAUUCCAGAAUGGCUGGAGUGGAUAUAAUGAUAAACAAGGUUACUUCCCUAAUGGUAUGGCCGGUGUUUUGUCUGGAUCAGCAACCCUCUUCUUUGCGUACAUUGGAUUUGAUGCAGUUGCUAGCACAGCUGAAGAGGUGAAGAACCCCCAACGUGAUCUUCCAUGGGGAAUGUGUCUGACCUUGUCCUUAUGCUGCUUCCUCUACAUGAUGGUUUCUGUUGUUAUUGUUGGCCUGGUGCCAUAUUAUGCAUUGGAUCCUAACACUCCUAUUUCAUCUGCUUUUGCUAAAUACGGAAUGCAAUGGGCAGUGUACGUUAUUUCCACUGGGGCUGUUUUUGCUCUUAUAGCAUCCUUGAUAGGUGCUAUUCUCCCUCAGCCAAGAAUUGUGAUGGCUAUGGCAAGAGAUGGAUUGCUUCCGCCACUCUUUUCAGCCGUUGAUCCAACGACUCAAGUCCCAACUUUGAGCACAAUAUUGUCAGGGAUAUGUGCUGCUAUCCUGGCUCUUUUCAUGGACGUCUCAGAAUUGGCAGGGAUGGUAAGCGUGGGCACACUAUUGGCAUUUACUAUGGUUGCCAUUUCUGUUUUAAUAGUGCGAUAUGCUCCUCCAAGUGAGAUAGCAAUGAAAGUGGCUCUUCCAGGUUCAUCUGAAUCACUAACUUCACUCUCUGGGUCUUCAGAGCCAGAUGAGGAAAAUUCAGGGGAUCUUUUUGGCAAUGUUCAAGAAAUACCUACCAGCAAUGAAGCUAACAAGAUAAGGCGACAGAAAGCCACGGCAUGCAUCAUACUAAUUUUCCUUGGGGCUGUCAUUGUUGUAUCUUCAGUUUCUUUUUCCUUUUUGCCAAUUUAUUUGCGGUCCAUUGGAUGUGCUUUUGGUGGUUUGGUUUUGGUUAGUGCUACCAUUGCACUCUGGUUCAUUGGGCAAGACAAGAGCUCUACAAGACAAACUGGAGGUUUUAUGUGCCCAUUUGUUCCUAUACUUCCAGUCUGUUGCAUUCUCAUCAACGUAUACCUGCUUAUGAACCUUGGAUUUCAUACCUGGAUUCGUGUUUCUAUGUGGCUAAUGGUUGGUGCCAUCAUAUAUGUGUUCUAUGGGAGGAAGUACAGCUCACUGACAGGCGUAGCCUAUCAGCGGAUUUCAUCUGAAUAGUUCACUGCAGAGGGUGUUCUACGUCUUCAUCUAUACAUGUCGAUUAUCUUGUGCAGCUUUCGUUGAUUUUCCUUUGAAUUUCACAGUUCCAAUCUUCCUUGACCUAUCAAAGUCUUCAAGCUCCCAAAUCAUCUCACAGAAAUGGCCCUCAUGUGUGGUCCAGCCUGUUUGAGCAAGAAUCUGAGGAGUCUGAAUUCUGAACUUUGAAGAGGGGUCAAGCAAAAGCAUAACAAGAGUAGCAGCAGGAGAAGCACAACAUUAGUAUGUAGCUAGCUGCUUAGAAUUUUGUUUCUCUACAAUCAUUUUUCACAAAUUUUUGAACCCAGAAGCUGUAAAUAAUAAAGAGUAAAUAUAUUUUUAUCGCUGCAAGGAGAUAAAUUGCAGUAUGGCACUAUACCUGUAUAUAUAUGUGAAGUUGUGCGAGCUCAAUUUCAGGGCCGGCAAUGCUCCGGU